AUGGCUGAAGUAAAAGUAGCUCCCCGCGGAACAUUGGAAGGACACGGCGACUGGGUCACCUCCCUCGCUACCACCCCUGAAGAUCCCAACCUUUUGUUGUCUUCUUCCCGUGACAAGAGUGUCAUUGUCUGGCAAUUGACUCACUCCAACACUUCCUCUGAUUACGGCUUUGCCCGCCGUGCUCUUCGCGGACACUCUCACUUUGUGAGUGAUGUUGUCAUCUCCAGUGAUGGACAAUUCGCCCUCUCUGCUUCUUGGGACGCUGAAUUGCGUCUUUGGGAUAUUAGCACCGGAAAGACCACCCGUCGUUUCGUUGGUCACGAGAAGGAUGUUCUUUCGGUUGCCUUUUCUGCUGACAAUCGUCAAAUUGUUUCUGGAUCUCGUGAUGGAACCAUUCGUCUUUGGAACACUCUUGGAGAAUGCAAGUUCAAGAUCUCUGGUGACCAAAGUGAAGGCCACACCGAGUGGGUUUCUUGCGUCCGUUUCUCUCCUUCCCAAUCUGUUCCCCUUAUUGUUUCCGCUGGAUGGGACAGACUUGUCAAGGUCUGGAACUUGACCAACUGCAAGCUUCGCAACGACCUCAUCGGACACACUGGAUACCUAAACACUGUCUGUGUCUCCCCCGAUGGUUCCUUGGCCGCGUCUGGCGGUAAGGACAACACUGCUAUGCUUUGGGACUUGAACGAGGGCAAGAGAUUGUACAGCCUUGAUGCCGGUCAAAUCAUCAACGGACUUGUCUUUUCUCCCAACCGUUACUGGUUGUGCGCUGCCACUGACGACUCUAUCAAGAUCUGGGAUUUGGAAUCCAAGGUCGUCGUGGAUACCCUUCGCCCCGAAGAACCUGAACACGGAAGUAUGCCAGCAUGCACUUGCUUGGCUUGGUCUGCUGAUGGUCUUAUGCUUUUCGCUGGAUACUCUGACAACCUCAUCCGUGUCUACUCUGUCUCCUAA